GACGCCCCCCGCCGCCCGCGGGGAGGAGGAUGGACGUUCCCUUCUACCACGACGAUGUGUUGAUCGCGCUGGCGGCGGCGGCGGCGGCGGCGGCGGCGCCCUCCCCCGCGGGCGGCCCCUCCGGCAGCGCCCCCGCGCAGCCCUGCGCUGACGGCGGCCGCAUGAAGAAGGACGGGCUCUCCCUGGCGCUGGGCGAGCUGAAGGCGCCCGCCGGCGCGCCCGCGCCCGCCCCCGGGGCCUCCUCGGCGCCGCCGGGCGACGGCGAGGGCCGGGCCCUGCUGGCCUCGCCGGACCUGGGCCUGCUCAAGCUGGCCUCGCCCGAGCUCGAGCGCCUGAUCAUCCAGUCCAACGGCCUGGUCACCACCACGCCGACCAGCGGCGGCGCGCACUUCCCCUUCCCCAAGGCCGGCGGCGGCGGCGCGGCGGCCGCGGCUGGCGGCGGCGGCGGCGGCAGUGCCGCCCCCGACGAGCAGGAGUUCGCCGCCGGCUUCGUCAAGGCGCUGGAGGACCUGCACUACCAGAGCCAGCAGCUGGGCGGCGGCGGCGGGGGCCCCGUCGGGGGCGAGCUGCCCCCGGCCGCCAGCCUGGCCCCGCCGGCGUCGCAGCCGCGGCCGCCCGCGCCGGUGGUGGAGCCGCCCGUGUACGCCAACCUGAGCACCUUCGCGGGCGCGUACGCGGCGGCCGAGGGCCCGUUCCAGGCGCACUCGCGGCUGCCGCCGCCGCCGCCGCCGCCGCCGCUGAAGGACGAGCCGCAGAUCGUGCCGGAGGUGGCCAGCUUCGGCGACAGCAGCCCGCCGCUCUCGCCCAUCGACAUGGACACGCAGGAGCGCAUCAAGGCCGAGCGCAAGCGGCUGCGCAACCGCAUCGCCGCCUCCAAGUGCCGGCGGCGCAAGCUGGAGCGCAUCUCGCGCCUGGAGGAGAAGGUGAGGAGCCUGAAGAGCCAGAACACGGAGCUGGCCUCGACGGCCAACCUGCUGCGCGAGCAGGUGGCCCAGCUGAAGCAGAAGGUGCUCAGCCACGUCAACAGCGGCUGCCAGCUGCUGCCCCACCAGCCGCCCGUGCCUGCCCCGCACCAGGUCCCAGCCUACUGACGGUCAGCCGCCCGGGCUCUCUGGCGGAGGAAGGACUGACUUCGGGCAGAGGGGCCGGCGGACGUGUCCGCAGCUGCAGAGGUUGGGUUCCCUCCCCGCCUUGGACUGACACCAGGGGAGCAGAGGAAGCGCGGGGCUGCCGGCGAGAACAGCAGAUGUCGUGGUGGGAGAAGCCCCCAACCCUGGCCAAAUGCAGGACAGAGGCCCCCUGCCAAGCUUUGGAACUCGGGGGGGGCGGGCCGGCGGGCGGGCAGGGGAGCCUGUGCGCCCCGAUCGUGGCCUGUGACUUUGGGCUGCUUCGAGCCCUCCGAGGGCCCUGGGGACGCCAGGGUGGAGGGUGAUGUUGCCCCAAGCCGUGUCCAGUCCCAGUUCUUUGGGAUCUGGCCUGGGCAGCCUGCUGUUUCCCCCCUUCCCCACCCCACCUCUUUUCCAAGAACUAUUUCCUUUCCUGUACCGUAUUUAUGUUAAUAUACAAUCCCGCCCAUCUCUUGUUUUGGGGGGCGGGGUUCUUACACUCUUGCCUUUGACUUUUGUGAUAUUUCUCUCGUCACAUUCCACAGUGCAGUAAAGUCUGUGCAGGCGUUGGAAAAUGCAAAA